UUGGCCUAUGGGUAUGUGCAUUGUCUUUACCCCUUUCUUAUGGUUGUGAAUCCAGGGAAUGUACCUUCACCGAAUGCUCCUUUAAAAAGAGUGUUGGCUUACACCGGCUGCUUUAGUCGAAUGCAAACAAUUAAAGAGAUACAUGAAUAUCUCUCCCAGAGGCUACGAAUAAAAGAAGAAGAUAUGCGCCUCUGGUUAUACAAUAGUGAGAACUAUCUUACCUUGCUGGAUGAUGAAGAUCACAGACUGGAAUAUCUUAAAAUUCAAGAUGAGCAGCAUUUAGUAAUAGAAGUUCGAAACAAAGACAUGAGCUGGCCAGAAGAGAUGUCUUUUAUAGCAAACAGCAGUAAAAUAGACAGACAUAAAGUUCCUACUGAAAAGGGUGCUACUGGAUUAAGCAAUCUGGGUAACACAUGCUUCAUGAACUCCAGUAUCCAGUGUGUCAGUAAUACCCAACCUCUAACACGGUAUUUCAUCUCAGGAAGACAUCUUUAUGAACUUAACAGGACAAAUCCAAUAGGAAUGAAAGGACACAUGGCCAAGUGCUAUGGGGAUUUGGUUCAGGAGUUGUGGAGUGGAACUCAGAAGAAUAUAGCACCGUUAAAGCUGCGAUGGACGAUAGCAAAAUAUGCUCCAAGAUUUAAUGGCUUUCAACAGCAAGACUCACAGGAGCUUCUGGCUUUUCUUUUGGAUGGUCUUCAUGAGGAUUUGAACAGAGUUCAUGAUAAGCCAUAUGUUGAACUGAAAGACAGUGAUGGUCGACCAGACUGGGAAGUAGCAGCAGAGGCCUGGGAAAACCAUCUGAGAAGAAACAGAUCUAUAGUUGUAGAUUUAUUUCAUGGGCAGCUGAAGUCACAAGUAAAAUGUAAAACUUGUGGACAUAUAAGUGUUAGAUUUGACCCUUUUAAUUUUUUAUCCUUGCCUUUGCCAAUGGAUAGCUACAUGCACCUAGAAAUUACAGUAAUUAAAUUAGAUGGUACUACUCCUGUUCGAUAUGGCCUGAGAUUGAACAUGGAUGAAAAGUAUACGGGUUUGAAAAAACAGUUAAGUGAACUCUGUGGGCUAAAACCAGAACAGAUUCUGCUUGCAGAAGUGCAUAGCUCCAAUAUAAAGAACUUUCCUCAAGACAACCAGAAAGUCCGGUUAUCAGUGAGUGGGUUUUUGUGUGCAUUUGAAAUACCAAUUCCAGGAUCCCCUACAUCAGUAUCAAGUCCUGUGCAGACAGAUGUCUCAACUGGGCCAUCAGCUAAUGGAGCACCCAACAUAAUGAUGAAUGGGGACCUUCCUAAACCAACCCUAAUUCCAAAUGGAAUGCCAAAUACUGUAGUGCCAUGUGGAACAGAGCGUAACCAUGCCAACUGGACUCUCAACGGUCAUGUGCCCAUGCUUUCUGAUAGCCCAUGUACAGGGUAUAUAAUUGCAGUUCACAGAAAAAUGAUGCGGACAGAAUUAUAUUUUCUUUCAUCUCAGAAGAAUCGUCCUAGUCUCUUUGGAAUGCCACUGAUUGUUCCUUGUACAGUUCAUACACGAAAGAAAGACCUGUAUGAUGCAGUGUGGAUUCAGGUUUCCAGGCUUGCUAGCCCUCUUCCACCUCAGGAAGCUAGUAAUCAUGCGCAAGACUGUGAUGAUAGCAUGGGAUAUCAGUAUCCAUUCACGCUAAGGGUAGUUCAGAAGGAUGGAAAUUCAUGUGCUUGGUGUCCGUGGUACAGAUUUUGCCGUGGCUGUAAAAUUGAGUGCACAGAAGACAGAGCUUGUGUUGGCAAUGCUUACAUUGCUGUCGACUGGGAUCCAACAGCACUCCAUCUGCGCUACCAGACGUCACAAGAACGGAUUGUAGAAGAACAUGAAAGUGUUGAACAAAGCCGACGAGCUCAAGCAGAGCCCAUCAAUCUGGAUAGUUGUCUUAGAGCCUUCACCAGUGAGGAAGAGCUGGGGGAGGAUGAGAUGUACUACUGUUCCAAGUGCAAGACCCAUUGUUUGGCCACCAAAAAACUGGAUCUUUGGAGACUUCCCCCUAUUUUGAUCAUUCACUUGAAAAGAUUUCAGUUCGUAAAUGGCCGCUGGAUAAAAUCUCAGAAAAUUGUUAAAUUUCCCAGAGAAAAUUUUGACCCAAGUGCUUUUUUGGUACAAAGGGAUCCAAGUCAUUUUCAAAGAAAGCAGCUAAUGCUCCAGGUUGACAGCCUUCCUGAACCACGAACUCUCCAAGGGGAGCCUAGAAAAAUAGAUCUGCAGAUCACUUACACACCAGGAGAAGGAGAUACACUGAACAGAAGUCCAUCCUCCCUUAACACUACUGUCUUGAAUAGUAUCAAAGCAUCUCCAUCUUUGGGGAGGAAAAGUGGAACCAGCUGUCCUUCAAGUAAAAACAGUAGCCCAAAUAGUAGCCCAAGGACUUUAGGAAGAGGUAAAGGGCGUCUGCGGCUACCACAACUGGGUAAAAACAAACUCUCAAGUAGCAAAGAAAAUUUGGAUGCAAGUAAAGAGAAUGGUACUGACCAGGAACAGAGAUUUACUUCUGAUCAAGGUGAUGCUCUUACUAGAGGGCAGAUUUUGGGUGGUAGUCAGAGUGAACUAUAUACCGCUCAGGACAAUGAGGUGACUCUAGCCAACGGAUACAUCUGUGAGCAGAACGCAUACAGUAAUGGCAGUAUCAACGGUCAAAUUGAUAACCCCAGUGAGGACGAUAUUACAGAUGACCAAAGAGAAGAAGUAUGUGUUAACCCUAUUUACAAUCUAUAUGCAAUUUCGUGCCAUUCAGGAAUUAUGGGAGGGGGUCAUUAUGUCACUUAUGCCAAAAACCCGAACAACAAAUGGUACUGCUACAAUGACAGUAGCUGUAAGGAAUUGCAUCCUGAUGAAAUCGACACCGACUCUGCCUACAUUCUUUUCUAUGAGCAGCAGGGGGUAGACUAUGCACAAUUUCUGCCAAAGAUAGACGGCAAAAAGAUGGCAGACACAAGCAGCAUGGAUGAAGAUUUUGAGUCAGAUUAUAAGAAGUACUGUGUUUUACAGUAAGCAGAUGAUCUUCACUGUUUUGAGAAUGUGAGGGAUAACAUCCUGAAACUUGCAUUUGGCAAAAAUUUUAUUGAAACAGAAACCUAAGUGUAGUUAUUGUACCCCGUGAUCUGAAAGCACAAAAAGAAAACCCUAAUUAAAUAGCAGUUAAUAUAAAGAUAGUAUUGUUUUGUUCUGUUAUCUCACUACAUGCUCUAAAACAUUUCUGAUGUUAGACAUCAGGCUGAGAUUGCCAUUGGCCUUUAAUUAAAAUGGUUUGAGCAAAGCCGACUAGGACCAAAUAAGAGCUAAAUUAAAUACUCCAAAUAAGAGCUAAACAAAGUAGUGUAAAGUUUACCAACUGUUCUAACAAACCCCUGAGGCUCUCUUUAGGUUUAAGAUAGUGGGGAAAAAAAUUGUAGUGUUGUCUUUGGGCAACAUGAUAUUGCUACCUCCUUUUUCCUGCAGUUUUAUUGCGUUUUAUUGGCAAAACAGGGAAAGCAAGAGAAUGAGAAGUGCACAAAUUUGAAGAAUUAUCAUCAAGAGUAAGAGAAGUUUCUGGUUUUGCCACCACUAAUGUGUGUCAGUUGCUUUCUUUCUGUAUGUUGGGAGCACAACCAAAUCAUAAUUUGAGAAGAGAUUCAUUUCUACACUUGAAUGGUUUAUUAUAAUUGU